CCUCGUUUUUUUUCUUCUCCGCGGAGGAACCAUCGCGUGCGCUCACGAUGAGAGAGAAAGCGACGGGCUCCUCAGCUCGCAGCUUCUCCUCUGAUGUCCGCUUUCUGUUGCUCCUCGCCGACGUCGUUUUGAGUUACUUUAGAUGCUUCUCGACACAUUUCCGUUAUGCGAAGUCCAACUUGUUGGUUAGUCGUCGUGCUGCGGUGGGUGCCCAUCCGAGAUAACGGAGAACCAGUGAUUCUCUGCCGGUCUGGUUACUGCAAUGAAUGGUAACACUAUACAUCCAACCAACACCACCACAACAGCAGGAGGAGGCCCAGGCGUGGCAGCACCCCCAAGAGGCUGGCGGGAAUUCUGCGAGCUGCAUGCCAUCGCCACAGCCCGGCAGCUUGCCGGACACUACCGGAGCUUCGCCAGAGAGCGGCCGCAACAUGAUGUGCUCCCGCCAGAGACCUUCUCCAAGCAGUUCACUGACCUCUUCCAGCAGCACUUCUGCUGCGAGGUCGACAAAGAUGGCACGCCGCUCAGCCAGAACACAUGCUCUCCAGCCACUGGUAGCGCCUCCUCCACCACUCCAGUGGUCCCUCCCCUUCCAUCACAGGCCGUGAUGGGUCGCUCGCGGAUCACAUCUUUGUCUGGGGUGCAGGACUAUCGGGAGGCAGGCCGGCCAAGUGGAGGAGCUGCUCGUUUCACUGUGGUGUCACCGAAAGUGGAGCCGGUGGUGGUGAGUCGGGAACAGGAGCAGCCACUGCGAUGUGCUGCAGGAAACUCUUUAUCGGGAAACCCGGUGGUGCUCAGAGGGUCAACUCGUAGCAUCGGCGGCGGGUCACUGCUGAUUCGCAGCCGUAGCAACGAGGAGGUCUCUGGCAAUGAACGUCGUCAGGUAUCUGAACGGUACUCUUCAGACUCUUCAGCGUCCAACCCUGGCCAUGCUGAUGUCACACAUUUCUCUGUCAGUCAUAUCCAACAGACCGUAAAACGGCUUUUUAAGAAACGGCCCGUCCCCAGCCCCCCCUCAUCACAGGACCUGUCUCCUAACAAUCCCACCGCCAACAACAACAGUCCCCCAAAUAAUGGCGACAGAGUGGGAGUGAUUUCCCCCAUGAAUGAGGAAGUGUCAUCCUCCUCCUCAUCGUCUCACUCUUCCUCUUGUCUGAACUCUGAAGCCACGCCCCCGGCCUCUUCACAUGUGUUCAUGGCUGGCUUAGCCUCUCACUUCCUGGAUCAUUUCCGCUGGUUACGCAGUGGAAGCACAAGGCAGAGGAGGUCAGAGGUGAGCGGCUGCUGUAAAGAGGGCCAACUGAGGUACUUGCUGGUGGAUGACACUAUCUCAGACUCUCAGCCCCGCUGGCAACGCUGCCGCCUGCUGGUCAGGAGGAUCAGGGACGCUCAAGGUGGAGGAGGAGGAGGAGGGGAGAGGUACCAGUUGGAGCUCUAUGAUCCUCCAAAGGCCUCCAGUCCCAAGCUGACGACUCACUGCUCAGAUAUCCAAGAAGUCCGUCGUUGCAACCAGCUGGAGAUGCCUGACAACUUAAACACGUUUGUUUUAAAGGUUAAUCGAGGUAGUCUGAUAUUUGAGACGGAAAACGACCAGCAGGUCAGCUCCUGGACCACAGAGCUAAAAGAGUGUAUCAGCAACAGGUCAGGCAGUGUGGAUCUGGAGCCCCUCCCCUCCCCAGCUGACAGCUCUGCUCCAGCCAGUCACAGAGGGAGCUCGGAGUUGGGGAAUCAAAGCCCCGUCACCUUUGCCCUGCCGGAGCAGGUGAUCCAGAAGACGGAUCACUUCCUGUUCUCCUACCCCUGGUUCCAUGGGCCCAUCUCCCGCGUGAAGGCAGCCUACCUGGUCCAGAGCUCUGGACCGGAGGGACACGGAGUGUUUCUGGUCCGACAGAGUGAGACACGCAGAGGAGACUACGUCCUCACGUUUAACUACCAGGGAAAAGCGAAGCACCUGCGCCUCUCUCUAACAGAAUGGGGUCAGUGCCGGGUACAACACCUGCGAUUCCCCUCUGUUAUGGAUAUGCUCAGUCACUUCCGCCUCUUCCCCAUCCCACUGGAGUGCGGAGCCGCCGGUGCCGUCACGCUGUCCAGCUUUGUAGUGGCGGGCUCCAGCCCUCCAUCACAGGGUCAGCUCUCAGGCGCUCUUCUCGUCCCUUUCUCCCUCCAUCGUUGGAGCUCUGAGCCCAGCUUGGCUCACUGCAGCCUGGCUCGCAGCUCCAGUCAUCCCCCUCCCUGCUGCUCCACCACCACCAGCACCACCUCCAGUCCAAGCUCUGUUUCCCAGCCGGGGAACCACCCGCUCACUCGCACCAACCCCGUCCCUGACCCUCGUCCGUCAGUCCCGGCUCCUCUGCGCCGGAGUGAAUCGGUGGGGAGGAGACCCCUGCUGCGCCACCCCAACCCCCACAUCCCUCAGCGGGACUCAGACUACGAGCUGGAGCCUGAGCGAGGUCGCAAGCGGGCGAUAGACAACCAGUACAUGUUGCUCUGACCUGAUGAGUGAAACACCUCCGACAGAUAGCAUCAUACACAUUUUAUUACCCCCACCCAGCUUCAUGUGGAUAUGUGACUCUCAGACAGCGCAUGAUGUAACGUGAUUAUAGCAGACUCAUGAACUUGAGUGAACAAGUCUGUCUGAUGAAUGCGCAGACCCACACACACACACACACACACACACACACACACACACACACACUCUCACUAUGUUUGUGCUAGUGUGUUUACCAGUGUCAGACCCUCACAACCUCCACCCCGAGUGUCCACAGUGAAUGUAUUUUUGGGAGUUUUAUAGGAGUGUUGACCAUGAUGAUUAUUAUCGUUUUAUUGGUUCUGUGUGAGAGAGGGAGAGCCACGUCUGUAGCUGUCCUCGCGCCCGGGAAAAAAAAAUAGUUUCAAAUGUUUCUGUUGUUGUGAAUUCAUAGAGGUGCGCUUGAUUUAACUUCUUUGGCACUUAACCUGAUCUGAUGGGAAGGCAAAGCCUGUGAAAUUGGUUAAAUCGAGUGCUCCUCUAAAAUAUUUAAAAGACAUUUAAUAUUCACACACAAGACUUCGUGUGGAGCACACUCCUUAAUAGCAUAAUUAUAUAUUUAAGUGCACAAUGCUUUUAGUGCACUUUGGAAACAAUGUGUAUUUUUUCUAUACACAGAUUCUUUUGUAGAAUUUUUUUUUUUAAAUGUGUAAAAAGGGGAAAACUUGGUUAAAGUCAGCUGCGAAGCUGAUGUGCUUCCACCUUCAAACCUUACAGAGAACAGUGGAAAUUAGUCUAGAUCAGCACAAAAGCAGUGGGAACUUGGCGCCGUUUGUGGUGUGUGUUUGUGUGUGUCUGGAUGUGUCUGUUCAUGGUGUAUGUGAGAUGAUUGAAAGCGUAGUCCAUUAGCAUGAUUGUGCUGAUCUGGGAUUGGUACAGCACUCACCCGAGAGUCUGCGUGUGAAUCUAUGCCCUGAAACUCACUGCUAGAUUUUCCAAAAGUGUCUUUGUAGUGUCACAUGUUACAUUUCCAACACCAAAGGCAUUGUGUGCACAAAGUCAACUUCUGAGUGAGCACAAAGGGUUACAGAAAUCACUUCUGCCACAAAGACAAAGAAAACAGACUGAUAACCAUCAUUUUAGAGAUAAAGAAAAUGGAUGGAUGAAAAUUACCAUAUUAAUUGUCCCACUUGAUACAAAGUCACCUUUCCUGAUGCACUUUGAUGUCACAAAAUGUUUGUGCCACGAAAUACAUUUUUAAAAAGUGUUGAUUUCUAUGUAUUUGUUAUUUACAGUGGUGACAGAAGAGCCACCAUCAGCAGAAAAGCUUCUCUGUGCAGGAUGCUAGUUUAGCUUUUGUCCUGAUGGUAACACAACAGGCACAAAAUGUAUUUUGUGGCAUAAUACGUUUUCCAUAAAUACUUAAAAAUUCUCUCCAAACAUUGUCAAAACAUACAUAAAAAUUGUCUGUGUGUCGCACAUGGUUUUUGCAGGGAAAAAAGUAUAAUAAUCCUUAGAAUGGCACCUACUUCUUCUCCCUCAUUGAAAAUUCCUGAAUAUAUGAACAUAUAGCAUAGCAUAUUUUUUUAAUUUCUACAAGUUUCACUACUAAUAUUAAUUAUACUAUCAUAAUUUCACUUCAUUUUUCUUGACUUUGUGGCUUAAAAGUAUGUCUGUGUUCUGUGUCACCAGAAUGAGACUUGGUACACCCAAAGCAGAAAUAGGUGCCCAAGAGAAAAAAACUUAAAAGAAAAGGCUUCACUCCAAAGAGCGUGAGAGGAGGAAACACUCCAUGUACAGACCAAAACGAGGUAGGAAUUGAAUCAGGUAUUUGACAUGCCCCAAAAUGAUUUGCCUUAGUUUGUCCUUUCAGUUGUUUGGAUUCUCAACAAAAGUGAGGGCCAGCGCCGGAAACUUUAAUCCAGGUUUAAAACGUUUUUCAAAUCAGUUUUGUCGUGGUUCGAGAAUCUGGCAUUAAACCUUUAAAGGGCUCCCAAAAGUAGACGGUGAUGUGAUGCAGCUCCUGAAAGACAGAAGUGCCUCUGUAGAUAUUAGCAUUUAUUUUCUUACAGCUUCUUAGGCAAAUCUCGAUUCUGGGAGCAGCAUCAUGUCCAACUUGUUACACUUAGAGCAUUGAAUAAUUUUCUUGGUGUUUCCUGUACAACUUCACCACACCAGCCAAUAGAAAAACCACAUUAGGACCGUGGAAAUAGUAUAUUUUUACACGAUACACCAUUUUUAAUAGAACUUCCAUGCUUUAACUUAUAGGUUUGGUUUGUUUUGAAAGUGUCCAGAUGUACCAUGAGAUGUUAACCCACCAAUAAUUUGGUCUUUGUCGUCUAGCUUCACGUUUCUGUGCCCUUUAACUGGAUUUUAUGACCAGUCAAUCAUUUGAGGUGCCUUCUGAGUUUGUCCUUACACCUUUAAAGGCUUAAACCAUCAGUUUAAAGCUGCACAGACAAUAACAGAUGUACAUCACUCAACUCAGGUGGGAAUUUUAUUGUCAAUAGCGUAGUAUUAGAGGUUACAUAAAGGAGUACAUCCAAAAAUUAAGCCUUUACCAAAGCAAGCAAAACAGCUGGUUUGUUAGUGGUGUUUCAUAUCAUCCACCACCGGGUCUCAGUUUCAUCAGAAGCAAUCUAAAGAGCUGAUUUGUAACGCAAAGCGGUCCAAACCAUAUUUUGUUUCCGUCUCAAUCAGCCUGUGGUCACACCAGAUUUGUUUCAGUUACGGUCUGACUUGUGAGCCACGUCUUUCCUUACAGAAAACACAGAAUAUCUCAAACAGUGACCAGUCAUUCACCUAAAAUCCCUAGUUUUGACUCACACCAAAGAUGAAACGUCCAAUUUUCUGUAAUUUAGUUUCAAUAACUGAAGCUUCACUUCCAUUUGCAGCGGGAUGCCUUUGGGGAAUAGUGUGCUAGGAUGUGUCUGUUUGUCUUCUAACCUUGCUUUAACACUAACUUUAGCAGUUGAUUAAGAUUUACCUGCAGUAAACGUAUGCUUAAUGUAUGGUUUAGACCUGAUCCUGUCUGUCUGCCCUCUUUAUCAUCGUAGUAGAGAAAUGCACAAAUGCAACUUCAUUUCCUCAUCAACAUAACCAGAGAAAGUCUGCUGUGAUUACUCCUCUUGUUACGCAGUAAGUCAGCAGUGUCUGCUAAAGGAGCAUUUCUACAAUGGUUGUGUAGUUCUCUUUAAUGUAUCAUCGUGAUCAAGACUGACAUCUUUGAAGUGUUUAUAAGGGGAACAAAAACAAGGAUGUUUUUGGCAAAAGUACGGUUGGUCUUCCUGCUUUUAUGUGCCCGAGUCUAAACAAAUCCCUCAUCAUCUCUGUGUUUCAUUUCUGUUAAAGGAAAGCAACGGUAACAAUAAUUAUUUUGACUAUCAGUCCCCUCUCUUUGCUAAUUUUAACUUUCCCCCCCCCCCCUUAGGGAGAAUGACUGUGCCUUUGCCAGAAAGCUACUGUUGCUUUUCCCCUUUUCAAAAGCUCAGGGUGUGAUGUGGUGCAGAACUUGUGUAGUGCGAUAUCUGAGAGAUGCACAGUGCUUCACACCUUUUUAUGUAUGUAGGGGGCGAUCAGAGGCUUCUAGAUGAAUUAAGUGAGAGUUCAACGUUUGCACCUGCUAGUAGACUAAAGAAAAAAGUGUUUGACAAAUGACAAGGUUCCCAUAAAAAUGCUAUAUUUAAAACCAGGGCUACCACUUUUUUCUGUUGUUUUAUGCCUUUUGUUUCAUGGUUCACUCCAAUUUGCCUGCAAGAAUCAACUUAACGCUUAAUAAAAUCCCCAUGUACCUCAGGUGUCUUCAAUGCUCAACAUCCGCUCCAGCAACACCUUUAGACUCCCCUGUACGUUUGUUUUAAAAUGUCCAGUUAAUGAAUGUAAUGUGUUCUCAAUACUGUUCAUUCUGUUUGUUAACUUAGCACUGUAAACAUUCCAGUCCAACCCAACAUCCCAUGAAAACCACCACAGCUUUAUGUCAUUGUGUUUGCUCCCCUAUCAGUAAUAUGCAUUUAAAUUAUAUUAAAUAUAUAUCAACUGUAUAUUUGACUUUUUGUAAAAUAAACCUAACC